GAAUUUGUCAACUAUGUAAUAGAAAUGAGAUUGGUAAUGAAUAAUGGUACUAAUAUAUACAUGUAAAACAGACUACUUGUAGGCACUCCAAUGUUUCAUGGUGUUAUUGCACAAAUCCUAACACUCACAUUUUAUCAAUUAUUUAAAUUAAAUCUAACUACAAUGUAACAAACAAAAUAUUAAUCAGGUUAUUUAAAAUUUUAUGGAGGGAGUUAGUCCUUGGAUUUGAUUAUUUUAUUUUAUUUUCGCAAGUUUUUUCCCCGCGUGUGUGAUAUCUGAAUGAACGUCCUCUGUAUGUUAUUUGUGGACCUCGUGUGCCAUGUUUUAUAAGUGGUUUUGAGAGAAUACAUAAACUUGUAUUACAAGAAAUAAAACACUGAUUGAUACACGCAAACAUUUUAGAAUAUACAUGUAGGUCAAAUAGUCAAAAGGUCAUCAUUGUAUCGAUGUUUAAUUUUUAUGUUUAUGAUUGUCAUUCAGAUGAUUGCUAUUCUUUAUAUAACUGUCGACAUCCAUAAAAGAGCUUUAAAAAAACUAUUGUCAAAGAACAUAUCAGGUAUUGGACAAACUUUACUCCUACUGCGAAUUGUUCAAAUAAAUUUAAAGACAGGUAAUAACAGGAUUAAGUAAAACAGCUAAUCUAACUGUCACGCAUGAAGUGACCGCCACUUUUAUUAGAAUUCUGACUUCUGUUAUAUAUCAUCUAUUUUAUAAGUAGUCAAUAUUUUGUUUUGGCAUUUUGGAUAAGUGUACUUAAACCAUAUAGUUCCAAGGAGUUUACCUACAGGAGAGAUGAUUUGAACGACCAUCCAGGUACACGGUUUUAAAAGUAUUCUGCCUCAAGUUGCAAUAAAGUGGAAAAUGUGUCGACCUUUCUACCGUCAUAAAUCGUUGAUGAAACUACAAAGAUUGUGAGCGUUUGUGACGGAUGUCGCACAAAGACGAGAUAUUCAGGAAACAUGACCAGGGAUCCAGAAACGGGUAAAAUGACCACGAGGACUUGUGGGAAUAUCCGAGAUGAAUUCAGAAUUCCGAGAUUUGGAUUUGGUGACAGUCACCCUAGGAAUUUUGUAACAGCACAGUUCUUCCGCUCGCAAUUCUUCUGUGCAUGGACGCUACUAUGGGCCAUAUUCCAUCUCCUCGUCAUUGCCCUGCAGUUUUAUUUCAUCGACGACCAUCCUAAUCCAAAAUGGCUUUCUUUUUUGACAAACUGGGGGUACAUCCUCCUUGUGCUGUUUUCAGUUGUGGAUUGUGCUAUAACUUUCUACGUUAACAUUUCAAAGAAAGCGUUGCUUGAAAAUGAUGAGUGUGAGAUUCCUUGGUACAUGAAGAUACAGUGGGUCUUAUUCAAUAUCUCAACUGUCACAGCUGUAGUGAUAACAUUGUUGUUUUAUACGCUUUUAACACCAGACAUGGAUGCCAAUAGUAUUUUAAAACAUGCGAUCAACUCUGUAUACGCUUUAUCGAACCUUAUCAUAUCCGCGAAAACCGUACGUCUUUUACACGUAUACCAGGCUGUUCUUCUGUCUGUACUGUACACCGUGUUCUCAGCUAUCUACCAAGAAGCUGGUGGGGGAACAAUCUACGAAAUUCUGGACUGGAACAAAAUGCCAAAUACUGUUCUAUUAACGAUUGCAACUGCUCUAAUAGUUGUACCACUGAUUCAUCUACUCUGCUUUACUAUUUAUAGCAUACGAGUGUUUGCUUCGAAUUCGUGUCAUCAAACGAAGACAGUCAGUGACGUCAAUAGUGCGGGCACCACAUUGAGAAAUCGCGAUGUUGAUGAGAAGGAUGUUGGAAUUCAGAAUAUAUCUAAGGACAUAUCAUAGUGUGCCAGUACUGAAUAAUAAUUAUAUAAAUAGCAACAGUAAUUAGAAUUGGACUGCAUCUAUUGUUAUAACUACUUGUGCAUGCACAUGUCUGUUUAAUUUGACUCACUAUAUGCAUGCAACUUAUUUUCAUAAACAACAUAGAGGUUUGUUUUAUUAACAUAAUUAAAUGUACAGUGAU